AUGAGAGAGCCACCGAGUGACCGGAGCGAAAGAGAGCAGCGUUGUUGCAUCUCAAGCGAUGCCGAGGGCCACAUCUGGACUUCAUUCCCUCCGCUCUCCCACCCACUUUCAAUACGGCCUGUACCUGAAUCAUUCUACCGCCUCGAGCAGUUUGACUCCGAAAACACUGGCACUGCCAUAGCACGGGUUGGCCGGGCCAUAUCCCCGGUGCCACCUUCCCAGAAAGCCGAGAACGCCAUCUGGCAUGCGUGGGUUGGCCAACCGAGCAGCCCUAUCAGCAGUCAUGUCGCCAUUGAAGGGAGCAGAGCUUCUCUCGAGCACAGAGUCAGUCCCGGUGUUAGCGAAGUCCAGGGGCACGAGCAAGAGCCUCAAGAGCCUCAAGAGCCCCCUACAUUCUUACCACCGCCGAGCGACUUCAUGGUCGGUGAGCUCAGCUAUUCCAGCGCUAGUCUCGGGGAAGAAAUAUGGCCUGUAUCUCACUCCAAUCCCGUCCAGGAAAGCAGUGCGGAGGCUGGAGUUGAUAUCCAGGACCAAGGCAGUUGUGCGACUUGCGAGGAGGGUGAGCUAAAUCCCGAGUUCCCGUCUGACGAUAACUCAUCCUCCCAAUUUGCGCUUGCUUCACCGCAAACCUGUACAGAGGCGGGUGAAAUAAUUCCUGAUGAGGCCUGGAAGACAUUCGUCUUUGGUAACGAAAACAGUGACGAAAUCAGCAGGGCGGCGUUUGAAGAAGCCAAGCACGAUGUAGCGCGGAUUCUACAACCAUCGGACACUCCUGUCCCCUCCAGUAGUAGCCUGAAGUCCAGCAACAUUGCAACGGUCGGCACCACCUACAUACAACAAGAUUGCCAAACGUCCGAUUCCGAUUCGAGGGAUGCCUACUCCCCAGAUGGCGCAUCUUCAAGCCAGAGAGCCACAUAUGACCCAUCGUUGGCCGAGACGGGGCUAGACGUACCAUUGAGCAGCUCUGGCGUUUCUUCCCAGCCUCCUAGCGUCGAGGUAAACGCGGGUAGCAGCAGUCCGCCGCAGAUCGGAACUAUCAUCAAUACCUUGGAGACCAAUGAGCUUGAGUCCCCAGAACAAGCGGACAUCAGCGAUUCAGAGUCACCUGUGACCGCGCCUUCGAUGACGACGUCGAUGGCGACGUCGAUGGCGGUUGUUCCAGCCGAAUCUGACGUUGCCCCUAGUGAGAUAAGCAAUAUGUCAGAACUGUUCCGGUUCAGCCAACCCAAACUCUUCGUCGGUAGUCGUUCAAAUUUGCCACACAUCGCAGGGCAUGGUGUUGGGCCCAUCAAUCCCACUAAAAGGAGGAGAGGGCGGCCGAAGAAGCGGGCCAACGAUGGCCGAGCAGAUAUCCGGGCUCUCCCUAACUACAGCAGCGAUCCUAUCGAAGAUUUUGAGGAAGAGGGACGAGUGCGAAAGGACGGCCGGGUCCCUGAGUCUCUGUUCCCUGCGCUCGAGCUGACUUGA